AUGGAGGACGCUGGGCAGAUUUUAUCGGGACUCAAGGCCUGGAUGGAGGAGAAAAUGGAACGCUAUUAUGAGAUGCUUCAUGGCAUGAAUAAUCGGCAAAAUCGGGCUUUGACUGAGAUUCGGGAGAGACAGGCAAGGGCGGAGGAGCUGCAGAGGCAGAGAGAGGAAAGAGCCGAGAGGGAAUUGGCUGAGUUAAAGCAGCAGUUUAGCUUGUGGACUCUAAAUAUGACCGGACGAUCGUCCGGAAAUGCGUUACCCUCGGUCGCUCCGCAGCGAGCAGAGAAGUUUUCUUUCCAGUUUCCUCCGGAGUUUAGCUCUACUGGGGCCGUUGGGGGUCGGGUAAAUCCGGUAGAAACGCCUAGUAUAGCCCAAAUUCUGGAAGAAGAUCGAAAUGUUUUGGAAACUAGUCGAUUGGGAUUUUUGGCCUCGGAAACUGUAAAUCUGGGGAAUAAUGAUUCUCCUGGCCAACCACAGUCGCCAGGUGCUUCACCUCUUUCCGGAAAUAUACAGGUGACUCAGAUUCAGACUGGGCGCAUUCCGAAUCCGCUGACGCGAAAUUCCUUAAGGGGUUCUAACGUUGGGGAGGGUUUGGGGGAUCUUGGGAUAAACUCUCAGUGUAGGGAUCCGGAUCGAUUGAAAUUAAAGGUAGACACUUAUGAUGGCAAAGCUGUUUUAGAGGACUAUUUAUUACAGUUUGAGAUGGUGGCGAGGGCGCGCAACUGGAAUGCGGUGGAGCAGGCUAUUAUGCUGGCUUCUUCUUUGCGGGGUGAGGCUCUGGCAGUGUUGUUUGAGAUCCCUCUCGCUAAGCGUAAUAACCUGGUGGACUUGGUGAGAGCCCUGCGAACUCGGUUCGGUCGUGAAUUUCAGCAGGGAAUGUCUCACCUGAAUUUAAGGAGCCGAAGACAGCUCCCCAGGAAAGAAAUUGGAGCUUUUGCGCUCGAGAUUCAGAAACUGACUCAUCUGGCUUUCCGGGAUUGUCCGGAGAGUGCACGUGACAAGAUAGCUCUGGGUCAGUUUGUGGACGGGUUUGCAGAUCUGGAUCUACAGGAUCUGGUUAGGCUGACCCGGCCCUGUACCUUGGAGCAGGCAGUUUAUGCUGCCAUAGACUAUGAUGCUGCACGUGAAGCAAAUAGAGCUUCACGAAGUGUAUUCAGGGCUGCUUUGGUGGGUGUGGUUGCCGAGCCGUCUUCCGGGGAGGUUGACAGACGAUCUGACCCGUUAUCCGGGCAGUCUGGUGGAGCUCCUACUUCAUCUGGAAACAAAAAGAAGUUUGUUAAUUACAAAAAGAAGGGAGGAAAUUUUGGGUUUGGAGGCUCUGAAAGGGGUAGUACAGGAAGCUCUGAAAGGAGUGAUACAAGAAGCUCUGAAAGGAACGGAAGUUCCACCGGGUGGCGCGCACGGUCCUGCACACCACCAGCCUGGGUUCCCGCAGUGGACGAUGCUGGCGCAACCGGAACACAGGGGCGUAGUGGUGCUCCUUCGGCGUCGAUCGGUGACACAAGGUCAAUAGGGCCUUUGUGCCGUGGUACUCGUGUCGGGCCUGGUUAUGGGGCUGCUGUAAAUUACUCUGCUCGAGGCCUGGUAGUCAAUGGGUGUGUGGGAAAUGUAGCGUGCGAGAUAGUAGUAGACACUGGAGCCAAUUACACGUUAAUAAGUCGUAGAAUAUAUGAGGCUCUCAAUCCCAAGCCAUCCCUCCGACCCGUAAAGUGGGUUCUGACUACAGCCACUGGGCAGAACUCCCCAAUUCUGGGAGAGUUAGAGGUACUGUUGACUUUGGAUGCAUGCACCCUGCAAGUCACGGUGUUUGUAGCAGAUAUCGUUGAAGACUGCGUCCUUGGACUGACUUUUCUGCAACAACGGGUAGCCCGCUUGGAUUUAAAAUCCAUGAAAUUGGUCUUUGAGGAGGGUAACCUUACGGAGCUGACUCUUGUGAAGGUUCCGGAAUAUCUCCGAGAACUGUAUGGUCAGGCUGUACGGGGUUUGACGGAAUCCCAAGCUGGAAAGGUGCGUGGAUUGCUCCUGAAACACUCUAAUGUGUUCUCCAAGACCCCAUGGGAUAUAGGGCGCACUGAGUUGGCCGAGCACGCUAUAGGUACUGGAGAUCAUGCCCCUAUCAAGCAACCCCCUCGAAGAUUUCCGAUCGCCAAAGCCAGUGAGAUGGAACGUCUAGUGGAGGACAUGUUGCAACAAGGAGUGAUAGAGCCUUCUACGAGCCCGUGGGCAUCGCCGGUGGUGUUGGUGAAGAAAAAAGAUGGCACCACUAGGUUUUGUGUAGAUUACAGCCGGUUAAAUUCCGUAACCAAGAAGGAUUCUUUUCCUUUGCCUAGAAUCGAUGACACCCUGGAUGCUCUAAGAGGGUCUUCUUGGUUCUCGGUCUUAGAUCUGUGCUCCGGGUAUUGGCAAUGCUCCACGAGGCAUGCGGACAAGGAAAAAACCGCCUUCACUACAGGUAGAGGACUUUACCAGUGGGUGGUGAUGAGUUUUGGUCUUUGCAAUGCCGUUGCAACCUUUGAAAGAUUAAUGAGUGCAGCCCUGGCUGGAUUGCAAUGGGACACAUGCCUUGUAUACUUGGACGACAUAAUUGUGCCCAGUCGAACCUUCGAAGAAGGCAUACAUCGCUUAGAUUUGGUUUUAGAAAAGCUAUGGGCUGCGAACCUGAAAGCAUCCCAUCGAAAAUGCAAAUUUUUUCAAAGGAGCGUCGAGUAUUUGGGACAUGUUGUCUCGGGGGAGGGCAUUCAGGCAGCUCCAUCUAAAUUGGAGGCUGUGGAAAAUUGGCCUGUACCGCGUAAUAAGACUCAUUUCGCCGAUAUCGCCCGGCCAUUACACCGGUUAACGGAGAAGUCGGUUAGGUUUCAAUGGUCAUCGGAGUGUCAGGCCUGUUUUGAGAUGCUGAAGAGGUGUCUCACCAGCUCUCCGAUACUUUCGUACCCGCAUGAUGAGGGCGAAUAUGUCCUGGAUUGUGACACGAGUGCUGUGGGUGUGGGAGCCGUGUUGCAGCAGGUUCAGGAUGGGACUGAAAAGGUGAUAGCCUACUAUAGCCAAGCUCUAUCGGGACCCGAGCGAAAUUAUUGUGCCACACGGAGGGAACUUUUGGCAGUGGUGAAGGCUGUCUCCCAUUUCCACCACUUCUUGUACGGACGUCAUUUCCUAAUUCGAAGUGACCAUGCCACUCUGCGAUGGUUGCUAACCAUGAAAAGCCCAGAGGGGCAGCUAGCACGAUGGUUAGAGAAACUAGGCCAGUACGACUUUGAAUUGAGGCAUCGGGCUGGGCGAGUACACGAAAAUGCUGACGCCUUCUCUCGACGACCUUGUGCAGUUUCCGAUGGUGGGCAUUGCGAUCGAGUGGAGGAGCGAAUGUUGGUCGAGGAGCUGUCCUCGGAGGACUCGUGUGCGCACAACAACGCCCCAUUAAGACCGGUAGCGGUUAGUUCGGAGUUAGCAACAGAUAUCGCGGCGGCUACGGAAGAUGAUGAUGUGUUGAGGGAGGUAAAGCUUUUGUUAAGUCAGGGUGAACGGCCGGAGUGGGAGGCGAUUUCGGGUGGACCUGCUCUGCUGAAGAGAUUUUGGGGUUUGUUUGCGUCGCUGAAGCUGGAGCGGGGUGUAAUUUGUUAUCAGUGGGAGACUGGAAGGCCAGGAAACUCUAAGAAUUUUUGGGUUCUGCCGGAAAGGAUGUUGCCUACGCUGUUGAGGGAAUUACACACUGCUCCGUCCGGGGGACACUUCGGAAUUAGUCGGACGCUUGAUCGCCUGAAGGAAAGGUUCUAUGCUGUCGGAAGCCGGACCGCCGUUGAGAAGCUCUGUCGUGAGUGCGAUGUAUGCGCUGCCCGCAAGGGGCCGGGCAGAAGAAUUGUAGCUCCUUUACAACCCCGAGUGUCGGGGGAACCUUUUGAGAGGGUAGCUUCCGACAUCUUAGGCCCAUUUCCCGUGACGGCAAGGGGAAACCGCCAGGGCACCACCACAGGUGGCUCCUCCCAACCAGCUUCCAGAACACGUCGAGCGGGUCGAGAGAUUCAGCGCCGAAGGCUGCGCGCCCUGUUCCUGCUGGGCCAAGCCGAGUCUGGGCCAAACUCCGAGUUCGGCUGCGCUAGGUUCCGUUCUCUGGUGCAUGUGGGAUUGAGAUCCCUAACCUCUGGCCAACCAUCUCGUCCCUCCGGAGGCACCUCAGUGUGUGCGACCCCAGCUGGUGACUGCCUGCACAUUCUGCUGACGGAAGAGGAUAGGCAGUGGGCUGAUCAGGAGAUUCAGUAG